AUGGCGCACCGGAGACCCCCGCGCGCCCCGAAGGGCCCCGGCCCCGCCGCCCGGGCCCCUAGCCCCCGGGCCCCGCCGCCGCCGCCGCGCUCGCCGCGCUCGCGGCCGCUCCAGCUGCUGGUGCUGCUGCUGGCCGCCUGCGGGGCGGCGGGGCGCUCCCCCGAGUCCUGGCGCCUGGGUCCCCGCGCCCGGCUGACCCGGGCGCCGCCAAGCCCGCCUGCGGGGCGCGCGCUGCCCGGAGGCGGCGAGGACCGACAGGCGCGUGGCGCGGAGCCCGGCGCCCCGGGUCCCGGUCCGGCUCCGGGUCCCGGCGAGGACGGCGCCCCCGCCGCGGGCCAGGGGCGCUGGGCACGGGCGGCGCCGGUGGCCGGAGCGGCUUCGCGAGCGCAGGUCUCACUCAUCAGCACGUCGUUCGUGCUCAAGGGGGACGCGACGCACAACCAGGCGAUGGUGCACUGGACGGGCGAGAACAGCAGCGUGAUCUUGAUCCUGACGAAGUAUUACCAUGCGGACAUGGGGAAGGUUCUGGAAAGUUCUCUGUGGCGGUCAUCGGACUUUGGGACAUCCUACACCAAGCUUACCCUUCAGCCUGGCGUCACUACCGUCAUCGACAACUUCUACAUCUGCCCGACCAACAAGAGGAAGAUCAUCCUUGUGAGCUCCUCUCUGGGCGACCGGGACCAGAGCCUGUUCCUCAGCGCGGACGAGGGCGCCACCUUCCAGAAGCAGCUCAUCCACUUCUCCGUGGAGACUUUCAUCUUCCACCCCCGGGCGGAGGACAAGGUGCUGGCCUACACCCGGGAGGGCAAGCUCUACGCGUCGUCUGACCUGGGCAAGAAGUGGACUCUUCUUCAGGAGCGGGUGACCAAAGACCACGUGUUCUGGGCUGUCUCUGGAGUGGACGCCGACCCUGACUUGGUCCACUUGGAGGCCCAGGAGCUCGGAGGAGGUUUUCGGUACAUCACCUGCCAGAUCCACAACUGCUCUGAUAAGACGCUGACAGUGCCGUUCGCAGGCCCCAUUGACCACGGUUCUCUGACCGUGCAGGACGAUUACAUCUUCGUCAAGGCCACCUCAACAAACCAGACCAAAUACUACAUCUCUUAUCGUCGCAGUGAAUUUGUCCCGAUGAAGCUGCCGAAGUAUGCGUUGCCAAAGGAUCUGCAGGUCAUCAGCACAGACGAGAGCCAGGUGUUCGUGGCCGUGCAGGAGUGGUACCAGACCGACACCUACAACCUCUACCAGUCGGACCCGCGCGGCGUGCGCUACUCGCUGGUGCUGGGGGACGUGCGCAGCUCGCGGCAGGCGGAGGAGAGCGUGGUCAUCGACGUCCUCGAGGUCCGAGGGGUGAAAGGAGUCUUUCUGGCGAACCAGAAAGUCAACGGAAAGGUGGUGACGCUUAUAACGUACAGCAAGGGCCGAGACUGGGAUUACCUGAGGCCUCCCAGCACGGACAUGAACGGGAAACCGACCAACUGCAAGCCUCCGGACUGCCACCUGCACCUGCACCUGCGCUGGGCAGACAACCCCUACGUGUCAGGCACUGUGCACACCAAGGACACCGCCCCCGGCCUCAUCAUGGGCGCAGGUAACCUGGGCUCCCAGCUGGUGGAAUAUAAAGAAGAAAUGUACAUCACAUCAGACUGUGGGCACACCUGGAGGCAGGUGUUUGAGGAGGAGCACCAUAUCCUCUACCUGGACCACGGCGGCGUGAUCGUGGCCGUCAAGGACACCUCCAUCCCCUUGAAGAUCCUCAAGUUCAGUGUGGACGAGGGCCUCACCUGGAGCACGCACAAUUUCACCAGCACCUCCGUGUUUGUGGACGGGCUGCUGAGUGAGCCGGGGGACGAGACGCUGGUCAUGACCGUCUUCGGCCACAUCAGCUUCCGCUCGGACUGGGAGCUGGUCAAGGUGGACUUCCGGCCCUGGUUCUCCAGGCCGUGCAGCGAGGAGGAUUACAGCUCCUGGGACCUCACCGACCUGCAGGGCGACCGCUGCGUCCUGGGCCAGCAGAGGAGUUUCCGGAGGAGGAAGCCCACGUCCUGGUGCAUCAAGGGUCGGAGCUUCACCGCGGCGCUCUCGGCCCGCGCGUGUCAGUGCCGGCCCUCGGACUUCCUCUGUGACUACGGAUUCGAGCGCACCCCCUCCUCUGAGUCCGACGCCGACAAGUGCUUUGCCAGCUUCUGGUUUAACCCCCUGUCCCCCCCGGACGACUGUGUCCUGGGCCAGACCUACACCAGCAGUCUCGGGUACCGCAAGGUGGUGUCCGACGUGUGCGAGGGGGGCGUGGACCCGCAGCAGAGCCCGGCGCAGCUGCAGUGCCCGCUCCUGCCGCCGCGGGGCCUGCAGAUCCGCAUCCGCGGCGCGGCGGUGGCCGUGCGGCCCGGCGAGGACGUGCUGUUCGUGGUGCGGCAGGAACAGGGUGAUGUCCUGACCACCAAGUACCAGGUGGACCUGGGGGACGGCUUCAAAGCCAUGUACGUGAACCUCACAUUGACCGGGGAGCCCAUCCGGCACCGCUAUGAGAGCCCUGGCAUCUACCGCGUGUCCGUCAGGGCGGAGAACGUGGCGGGACACGACGAAGCAGUGCUGUUUGUCCAGGUCAACUCCCCCCUGCAGGCACUCUACCUUGAAGUGGUUCCUGUCAUUGGCAUCAACCAGGAGGUGACCCUCACAGCUGUGCUGCUGCCCCUGAACCCCAACCUCACCGUCUUCUACUGGUGGAUUGGUCACAGCCUGCAGCCCCUGCUGUCCCUGGAGAACUCUGUGACAGCGCGGUUUGAGGACACAGGGGACGUGCGCGUGACGGUGCAGGCUGCCUGCGGGACCUCCGUGCUGCAGGACUCCAAGGUGGUCCGCGUGCUGGAUCAAUUUCACGUCAUGCCUCUGCAGUUUUCCAAGGACCUGGACGCUCACAACCCCAACACCCCCGAGUGGAGGGAGGACAUCGGCCUCGUGGUGUCCCGGCUGCUCUCCAAGGAGACCAGCAUCCCCGAGGAGCUGCUGGUGACCGUUGUGAAGCCGGGGCUGCCCACCUUGGCCGACCUGCACGUGCUCCUGCAUCCUCCCAGGCCCACGAGGAGGAGGAGCCUCACAAGUGACAAGAGGCUUACGGCCAUCCAGCAGGUGCUGAACGCGCAGAAGAUCAGCUUCCUCCUGCGUGGCGGGGUCCGGGUGCUGGUGGCCAUGAGGGACGUGGACACAGAUUCUCCGAGCCUGGGAGGAGGUGGCGGCUACUGGGCGGUGGCGGUCCUCCUCCUCAUCGGGCUGUUCGCGGUGGGAGCCUUCAUCCUCUACAAGUUCAAAAGGAAGCGCCCCGGCAGGACCGUGUACGCCCAGAUGCACAACGAGAAAGAGCAGGAAAUGACGAGCCCCGUGAGCCACAGCCAGGACGUGCAGAGGGCCAUCCAGGGCGGGGAGUUUAUAGAUGACGAGCUCCACUCGCAGACUCUAGGGAAUCACUCCGGCGUGGUGCUGAGCGUCAACUCCCGGGAGAUGCACAGCUACCUGGUGGGCUGAUGCUGCCGGAGACCGCGCCCGGAGCCCCUCCUGUCCGCCGCUUCAUCCCCCGCGGCCGGCGCCCGACCGCACGUGCCGCCGGCACGGGGCUGGGACCGGCGUCCCCUCAGAGACCUCGGCAAAGCCUCCUCCUCCAGCUGUGUCCACGCAAGGCGACACACGCGCCUCUGUCCAGCUCAAGCCCGCCCAGCCCAC